UGAACAAGAAACAGCUCUCUCCUGUGGGCAUUCCUGGAAUGACAAUAAUUACACCUCGCGUCAUCGAAUUCACUUGUAGUGGAGGAGGAGACCGUGUUCACUGAGCUCCAAACUGAGAUUUCCUAAUCUAGCUUCAGAAGAUGCCACCAGUGGAGUAUGAACAACCUCUCUCCGGAAUAUGAACAACCGGUCUCUAAUGAACUCCUAAAGCUUGAAUAACGUGGAUUUUGACUACCUCAAACAACAGAACAAAAUAUGAUAAAAGUAUAGCAGGGAACGAAGAGCUUUUAAGAUUUAUAAAAAUUUUCAUCAAUUUUCAGUGAAGAUCUGGAAACUGUUUUGUUUUUUCCAUUAAUAAUAUGAAUACGCACACUGUUCUUGCGCAAACUGCAAAGGUAUGGGCUAUCAAAACUAUUGUUGUAGGAAGACGUCAAUGACAGCACAUUUUUAUUUGCAUAAAUACGGGAGUUAUGUUAAGGGUGACAUGAACUGGCCAAUAUUUUAUGUUGGAACAAACCUGUAAAGUUUUCUGUAUGGAGUUUCAAAAUGACAUAUACUAAGUUAUUGAACGACAGCAAUGAAGAAAUUUACUCACUGGAGGCAGACAACGCGACCAUUUUGGACCACUUCUAUACAAACACCAGUAACAGUACCUGUAAGAACGUUACCCUGGACCCUCAGGUUAUCGGUGUCGGUCUCUUUCUGGCAUUAUUUAUUUUGGUGGCAAUCAUUGGAAACAUAUUGGUCAUUCUUUCUGUUGUUUGCAACAGGCACUUGCAGACUGUUACAAACUUCUUUAUUGUAAACUUAGCAAUUGCGGACUUACUCCUCAGCAUAAUUGUGUUGCCGUUCUCCGCAUCCUUGGAGAUCAUGGGAUGCUGGGUCUUCGGCCGGAUUUUUUGCAACAUCUGGGCAGCCGUGGACGUGUUAUGCUGCACUGCAUCCAUCUUAAGCCUCUGCAUCAUCUCCAUAGAUCGAUACAUUGGUGUCAAGCACUGUCUAAAGUAUCCAGCCAUUAUGACAGAGAGAAAAGCUGGAGUGAUACUCGUGGUGGUCUGGGUGUCAUCUAUGGUUAUUUCGAUCGGACCACUCCUGGGAUGGAAGGAAGCGCCACCCGUGGACGAGAGCAUCUGCAGUAUUACCGAGGAGCCGGGCUAUGCCCUCUUUUCCUCCUUAUUUUCGUUCUACCUCCCGCUUAUGGUCAUCCUUGUCAUGUAUUUUAGAGUGUACAUAGUAGCUCGUAGGACAACCAAAAGUUUAGAAGCGGGUGUAAAACGGGAGAGAAAUAAGUCGAUGGAAGUGGUGCUACGAAUACACUGUCGGAGUGUGCCGGUGCACCCUGGCAUAGGCGCAAAGAGUAAAAACCACCCGUUCCGAAGUUCACUCUCCGUGCGGCUGAUGAAGUUUUCCAGGGAGAAAAAGGCUGCUAAAACUCUGGCCAUUGUCGUUGGGAUGUUCAUCCUAUGUUGGCUGCCAUUCUUCUUCGUUUUACCCUUUGGCUCCCUGUUCCCCCAGUUGAAGCCCUCUGAGAUCGUGUUCAAAGUCAUCUUCUGGCUGGGCUACUUCAACAGCUGCAUCAACCCCAUCAUCUACCCCUGCUCCAGCAAGGAGUUCCAGCGCGCCUUCACCCGCCUGCUCCGCUGCCAGUGCCAGCGCCGCCGGCGUGUCUUGCGCCGCUUCUACGACCAGCGCUGGCGCACGGCGGUCAAGGCCCCUGGACGGGACCCGCGUGGGGAGUACCGGUCGGGCUUCGCUAUCAGCGAGACGUGCGGCAGCUCCAUGUUCUCCUACCGCAGCAAGGGCCGCAGCUUCAACAUGAAGGGCUGGAACCUCUUCCCCCCGCUGCAGAAGUCCUCCUUUCAGCUGAAGGAGAAGAUGAACAACCUCUCCAACAGGAUCCGAAGUGGCCAGGGCAGGACCUCCACCCCGACGCUCGGGAGGACUGAGAUUGACACCGUCUCCAUGGGGAUCUACGACUGCCCAGAGCAGAGCAGUUAUCAGAUAUAUGACCUCACAGACUGUUACAGCCUGAAGGAAACUGACAUUUAAACACGAGUGUGCUGCUUUUUGUCGGGGGAUGCUGCAGAGUCUUGAGACCAUCAGGCAGACUAGACUGAUUUGUAAAACUAUACUGUACUAUACUAGACGGAUAAGAGCUGAGAAGCUUUAAAUGUUCAGAUCAAAUAUGUGUCUUACAGAAAAUGUUCCUUCUUGAUAAAGUCUUAAACUGGUCACUUUGAUGAAGCACAACUGACAUCAAUGUGGUAUCCAUGGCUAUGAUGUGUGUCUAAUUUUGGUUCAUGUUUAUGAGGGAAUAGAGGGGGGUUGGAAUGUGUUGAAAUGAAAAAAAAACUGAAUGUUUUUUAAUUCAAUUACCAAUUCACACUGUGUGUCUACAGUGUGUCCAAGAUAUGGAAAAUGUCACCACUUGAUCUAGAGACAAAGACUCUUGGCCUUCAAACCAACAAGUUGCAACACUGAUCAGCACAUUUGACGGAGUGGAAUUGCAUAUCCUGUCUUUCCACACAAAGCAAACCCUUUAAAAAACAAAAACAAAAACAAAAACAAACACAAACACAAACAGCAAACUCUUAUUUGUCUCUUGUUUGACUCUUAUUUGACUUUCUGUGAGUCAGAAAUACAGACAAAGCAAAACUUGUCACACUUACAAAACGGACUCUUGUAGGAUGCUUCAACACAGACUAUGUCCUAUUGGAAUGUGUCCAGAGUUCCACUGAGACGGAAUUAGGAGUGUGUGGGUGUGGCAGCUGAUCAGCAGACUCAGUUCUCGCAUCAGUUACUCCUCAGUUAUAUCAAGUAGUUAAAGGAAGCUUUCUCUUUGUAUAUGCUAAUGUGGUGAUGUCUGGCAGUGUCUGAUAUAAAGUGAAAUAAAUAAGUCCAAAUGUU